AGAGACGGUAACAGAAAACAAAAAAUAUGACUGUAAAAAUUGGACUGAUAUGGACUUCAAGCGAACAAAAAAGUUAAAGCUUGAAUAUAAGAUAUAUUGGUUGAAUAUAGGUUGUGUGUUAAUGAUUGCAUGAGCUUCACAAAUGAGAUAAACAUCAAACCUGUAUGUUAUCUUAAAAUAAUACCUGCUUCCAUGUAACCGCUUUUUUGUUUUACAUGAGUACCAGCGACUGUCAAUCUCAUGCAAAAAAGUAAAAAGAUAAAGAUCAAGUACUAUAUAUAUAGAUGAAGGAUACUUCUUUUAUUUUUUUAUUCUUGAGUACCCAAUGUUUAGCCGCUGGUACUCAUGUAAAACAAAAAAGCGGUUACAUGUGGUAAUUAUCUUAUUUGUGAAGCUCAUACAAUAUAUUUAUAUAUCAAAUUUUAAUCCUUUCUGGUGAUAGACUACAUAACUUUAAUUAUAAUAGAAAAUUAGCUAAUAGUUAAUAUAAUAGCUUUUAAUAGUGUAUAUAUAGGAGAAGUGUUAGAGGGCAGUUUGUUUUACCACAUUUUCUGAAUUCUCCACACUCCUAGUUUCGCAAAAACUCACAGCCAAAAUGGCAGCCAUCAGUCUGACACCAGUACCAGACGUCACCCUGUUAAACUCGACGAGUGGAGCUCCUUAUCCAGUGCCCAGAGAGGUCCCAGGCCAACCUUUUUUCAUUUGUGCCUACUCGCUGGUCUUUCUCGUCAGCUUGGCACUGAACACGAUCACCAUGCGAGUGUAUUUCUGCACCUCUCAGCAGUUCUAUUCCAGCGUGACAGUUUACCUGAAGAAUCUGGCAGCAGCUGACUUCUUCCUCUGCCUCUGCUUGCCUAUUCGCAUAGCCAACUAUGCCAGCAGCUCCGCCACGAUACAGAAUGUUUACUGCACUUUUGGCACAGCUGCCUUCUAUCUCAACAUGUAUGCCAGCAUUCUCUUCAUGGAUUACAUCGCUGCCAACAGGUAUCUGAAGAUUGUCCAUCCGCUAGGCAAUCACAUCCUGCAGACCACGCGAGCUGCACACUAUGUGUCCUCAGUCACGUGGGCUUCCUUAUCAGGAGCUGCCUUCAUAUAUGUCAUCCUCUUCCUCAGCACAUCUUGGAAUGCCUCUUUGAAUCCAUCCAUUUUAGGCUGUGAUUCCUUACACAGGCCCAUAGUCAGCAUGGUUUAUAAGAUCAUCCACAGCAUCUCUGCCAUAAUCUUUUUUACCGUGCUGGUGUCCUUGGUCCUGCUGUACUUCGGCACUGUGCGGGGGCUCCAACACACCCGGCAGCCUCUACAGCCCAAGAUCAGAAAUUCAAAACGUAAUAUGUUGGUGUUGGUGGGGGUGUUCUGCAUGUGUUUUGUGCCCUACCACCUGGUGAGGCUGCCCUACGCCUUCCUGAAGACCAGGCUGGAGCAGCACUCCUGGGCCUUGUACAUCAUCAAAGAGCUGACAGUAUUGCUUUCAGUCCUUAAUGCAUGCCUGGAUCCACUGAUCUACUUCAUCUUUUGCAAGGACUUCAGGUCCCAGCUGAUCCUCAGGAGGGGCCGGCGUCAAGCUGGAGGGUACAGAAGGGGGCAAAGCAACACUCUCCGUGACACAGAGACCUGAAUAUCAUGUACUACUAUGCGACGUGCGUGCAUUACUUAAUCAAACAGAAUCUACCUGGGACAUAAUAUAAAAAACAAUGCAUGUCAUAUUCACACUGUUAUGUCGGUUUCAAGAGCU